AUGUUAAUAAAGGACGGAUUCUACUUUCUGAAGAAGGAUGAUCGCUGCGCGUGCAUCUUCUGUCGAGGGAAAGUAGGAGAGAAGGAGACAGUGAGAGGCGAGCACCAGAGGCACUUUCCUCGUUGUCCUUUCAUCAGAGGCAAGCCCGUCGGCAAAAUUCCGAUGUCCCUCUGCGAAUACCUCGAGCCCAUGUGGAGAGAGACUGUAUUUGAACGGCUAAAGGAGAGACCGUUGGGUGUCAUCCUUCCAGAGUUAUGCCUUCCUAACAACCGAGAGGCUUUGUUCACCUCCUCGUCUUGGUCGAUGGUUAUGAAGAAAAAGCUGUCGACCGCAGGCUUCUCCUUUACCUGCCUCAGCGAUCACGUGCGCUGCUUUAGGUGCGGAUUGGGCCUGAAAAACUGGUCAGGCAGUAUGCACCCCCUAGAGAUGCAUGCCAAAUACUCUCCCGACUGCACGGUGCUCAAACUUUUGAAUGGGCCUAUAGCAAUCAAAGCCCACCACGAUAGGAAGAAGAUGGUUGACGAUAAACUGGUGGAUCUAGUGACUGAACAAGGGGACAUUGAGAGGCACGUGAUAGCUAUGGGGUUCCCUCCUGAUCAUGUCAAGGUGGCCGUGAAAAAGAGACUCUUGGACCAAGGAAUCAAAAUCUACAGAGUUGCAGAUUGCACAGAAGCCGUUUGCGUCAGCAUGGAACAGAGGGCGAGGGUAGAGCAGGUCGUCGGGCAAACCUUGGUGGCUAUCGCCAAGAGAGAUGAAGACAUGAAACAUGACCUGGGCGAGCGAAGCUUUUAUGAUGCUGCUCCCGCCUUGACGGCAACAACAAGAGCAACGACAAGAACCUAUAGGAGAUGA